UGUUUGGCUCUGCUCUCAGGUUAAUUAGAUAAACUCUUAUGUCUUUAGUUAAUCCUGUUUGAAGACCAGCAAGGUCAUCAGUCAAAUCCCCAUAAAAACAGAUGGUGACAGAGCAGAAGUGGUUACAUGUGCGUACACUGAAGUACUGGAAGCACCUCAACAAAUGGAUUCUACACUUUACAUCUUUCGUACGGUCACCUGAUUGUGUCUACAGGAGAUACUGCUUGCAAAGCCUAGGAAACCCUAUCUGCUCGAACGACAUCGGCACGAGACAGCUCUUGAAAUGGAUUCCCUAAUUUCGCUGGGCGCUCCUCUGAAGCAGUUCACCAGCUGUGUUUCAGAGAAGAAACCCUCCACCAAGAGAGGAGCCAAGGGCAGCAAGUCUGUCCGCAGGAGCAGCUUCACCCGCAGGAAGAGUGUCAGUAGGAGGAGAAGCCUUCCAUGCAACAGCCAGAAAGUCCCGGACUCCUGGCUCAGAAUAUACCAGGCUGAACUAAAGAAAGAAAGGAAACGACAGCAAGACAUACUGGCCAAGAAGAACGCAGAAAGGACGGUCAGACGAACUUACUUCAGGACCCACCACUCCCUACCACGGCAGCCCACCCCUGCCAGAAAACCAGCCCCGGUGAAGGACGAUUCCUUCUUUGGAGCUUUCCAAGGUCUCAGUCUGGACGGACUGCUAGGAGGAACGAAUGGAUCUCCUGCUGUCAGUGGAGAUCAGUGCAAAGUCAUGUGAGACCUGAUAUAAGGACAAUGAGACCGUUUAACUGAUCCUCAUGCUUGAGCCUUGAAGGUCAAAAGGGGAUUUGAGUUAAAUAUAAAAGGCUCGAACUUUUUUAACUCCAAGAAAAAGGGGGAAUGCCAAACAUAUUUGGCUUACUGUUUUUUUUUUUUUUUUUUAAAUGUUAAUGCAUGUUCUGGAUUCCUUGAUGGUUGUUUUGCAGAUUACUCUAUCAGUCUGAACAGUUUCAAUCUACUUGUUUUUGUGAAAUAUGAGGGUUAUAAAAUUGAGCAUCUCUCUAUCUUGAAUAACUACAAUUUUAUUGAUCCAGGUUAAAGGAUUUUUAUUCAACAUGAAUAGGAAAAGAUGUGCAACAAACACCAAGGCGGUGUUUUUACUGAAUACAUUUGAGAAAUGCAGAACUAAGACACUAAAAUGAAAAAACCUGCAUAGUUCAAAAAUUUCUACUGAGGUGCAGAAUUGUCCAAUUUACAAUCUCACAGCAUAUUUCAAGGUUGUGUGUAUCCGGUCACUAUUGUAUUGGCUUGUGAAUGUGAUUUGUCUAUAAUUACAACCAGAUCAUCAAAAGCAGUAAUGCCACAUACCAUCUGCCCCCAAAUCUACCUACGUAUUUAACUUUUAUGUAAAGUUUAGACUCAGCUUUGUAGACCACCGUAAGAUAGGCUUGUUAAGACCAAGCUUUAUUUAGAUAAAAAGAACAAAAACAACAAUCACAUUUUUCUCAUCAGUUACAGAAGGGGAUGAUGCAUCAUUUCUCUAUCUCACAAGGCAGGUACGAUCGCUGAGUGCAGAUCACAAAUAUGUUAUGUAUUAGAAAACCAAAGUACAAAACUACGUUUGUCAGACUCAGGAUGUUGUCAAAUGACAAGUAUCUCAAUGACUUCACAGUUGACUGCUGACGACGAGACGAUGACCUAGAAUGGGGAAGCUGGGAGAAUUUUUUAUAACGGUAGGUUUAUUCUAAUAAAGUCACAUUUUACAGCAUCAUUCCCUCUGUUCCAUCUUGACCUUUGGGGGCUUGAGGAAGGACCGAUUCUUUUUCUCCUUGCUCUUUUUGCCUUUAGCCUGGAAAGUCCUCCAACUGUCCACUCGCCCAUCUCUUGUUUCCUGACAAAUGUUACAAAAAAAAGUUAAUUUAAGGAAUUCCAAAAGCAAUUUAAGUAAUCAGUCGUUAAGAAACACACCUCAAAGUUUUUCUGCCAUUCUCUGUCCCGCUUUGCUUUCUCUGCUGCUUCAAUUUCUUCCUCUCUUGCCCUUUUCCUGGUAAAUUGAGAGGAAAAUGAAUAAAUUACAUUCUAAA